AUGCCUCGACCACCUCCCAUGAAUCCACUACCUAUCGUCACGAAUUUUCCGUGGAGGCUAUCCAAAGAUCAGAUGAAUGGUUUACGCAGUCACUAUAGGAGUGUCUGCGUAGAUAGAUACGCCACUGAUCAGUCGAUCGACAAGUUCUACAAGGCGUUAGUAAUAGGGAUCUUUCGCUUUCUUGGAUCCGAUGACCAGCGAUAUCAGGAAUGCCUCAACGCUUGUAUAGACAUGUGCAAGUCCACAAAAGUUAUCGAAGCUGCAAGCUGGACUGGCUGGAGAGGGUUUGCAAAAUUCCUCGAGAUGAUGGAAAAAACCGAGCGCCUAACCCGACACACCGAAUUGCUCCAUUGCCCAGCCGCCCCAUAUCUAGUGGUGGCCGUUGCGAUGCAACAAGUCGUACUGCAUGGUAGCAAAGACGAAAAUAGCAAGGCACAUGCUUUUUUCAGAGACUUUGACACUCACAACAAGGCCGCGACAGCUAUCUAUUUCUACGAGAUGCAUUGGCGUCAAGAGUAUCUGACUUUGGAUCAACCGUGGGACCUCACCCCCUCUGCCCUACAACGCAUGCCAAACACCAAGAUACACCAGAUCAAUGGAAGAGUUGUGAUUCAAAAACUGCGAACUCCUAGAGACCAUACCUCUAAUGAGGUCAUUGAGGUGAAAGAUGAGCAAACCCCUAUCAAACGAGAGUCGGCCGCUGCGCAUCAAGCUUCGGAGUUUAGAGAAGAGAGGCGCGAAGCUCCAAUGCCAAUGCCAGCGGAAACCCAAACAAUCACACGGAUGCCUGUGCCAAUGUCGAUACCGACCCCAGUGCCAGCGCGAGUGCCAGUGCCAGCACAAAUCACGAUGCCCGCUCCAGUGCCGAAUCCUGCGCCAACAUCUGUUUUCGCGCCUAGGCCUGUCAGGGUGCGCGAGACUCUCAUGGAAGUCUUCCGCGGAGACGUUAUGGCGAAGCUUCAGCCCCUCCUUGAUCGGCUCAAGAGCGAGAACUGGAAUGGCAUCAUUCAGAGAGACAUCAUGGAAGUCUUGACCGACAAGAACGUCAGAGUGUUGCCGAGUCUAGCAAAGCAGACAGUAAGAUUGUGGGCUACAAGAUCACAAAAAGCAAUGCUGCUAUCCUGGCUUGAACAAGCGCGAGACGAUGUUGACGUGUUUCAGUGGACGGAAAGGUUCGUUGAGCCUGCCCCCUCUGCUUGGACGAUUCCCCAGUCAGCACACUCAGUCUUUCACGAUCUUGAUGCUGUCAUCACAAGAGUACCGCAAUUGGAUAUUCGUGGCUUACUCCAAGCUAAGAUGGGCACGCUGAGAGACAUCUUUGAUCAACAAGAGAAGUCUCACAAGGAGGAAAUGCUGCACCGCGUUGACAGUCUACAGAUAGACAUUGCAAAGUUGCAUGGUGAGAUGGCGGCAUCUAAGCAAAUGAGUGGACAGGCUGUGGCUGAAUCAGCUGCAACAGACAAUGAUGCUGCCAUGACUGAUAGAGACGUGGUUAUUAUUGAGACGGACGAUGAUACUACUGAUGAUUCAGAGGUGGAGAGGAAGAAGAAGAAGCGAAAGGGAGAGAAGAAGGAGCGGAAGAGGGAUAAGCAAGGCGGAGAGGAGAAAAUGAAGAAGAAGAAAACAAAGACCGGAGAGAGCGACAAGAAGAAGAAGAAGAAGAGAUCCCACCAAGAAAUGGAGCUGGAUUAG